AUUUUAGCCAUUUAGUUUCAAUUACUGUGAUUUGUCACAUUUAUUCAUCUCAUUCUAUUGGUUCUCAAAUUCACUCACUCCGCCCCUAUAAAUAUGCAAAAGAAUAACAUAAAUAAUUGAGAAAAAGAUCCCAUUUUUAUUCUGGGUUUGAAUAAUCUUCACCCUCUAGAUUUCUUCAUAAUUCUCCUGCUCGUAUUUAUCCGCCGGAAAAUCUGUUCGCAAUUGCAGAUGCAGAUUUUUGCCCGGUGAUUUCUUCGGUCGAGAUCAAUUCAGAUCUGUGAAUUAUGGUGCAGAAAUAGGUGGGGGUGGUGGUCAGAUGAGAAGAACUGAUGUUAUUAGCUGUAGAAGGAGGCGGCUUUUUCUCUUCUUCAGCUUCUGGAUAUAGUAAGGGAUUGACUCUUCUUCUAUUGGGUCAGAAAAACGAGGGGGAACUCAUGAGAGUAGCACCGUGGAGCCAGUACCAGUUGGUGGACCAAGAGACUGAUCCUUAUCCUGAUCUCCAGCUGGCUCCUGGGAAGAACCGGCUUGUCCGCGGGUGCGCCUCCUUUGUGUGCUUUGGUCGCGCUGCCGCAGGACAUGAAAACUCUUCUCCUCUCAAAGUGGGACCAACUCAAAACCAAGAAGUUUUGCCGGAGCCUGUAGAUAUUGAUGAGAGUAAAGAUCAAGUGCAUUCUAUUGAUCCAGUUGAUUACAAUGAAAAUAUUAGGACGAUAGUUAGUCUUAAGAGUAGCUUGAAGAAAUCAGCAAAUAUUAGUCCAGUUGCUCGUGCUGUUGAUAGUGGAAACUCCAACAAGCAUGAAGUGGACAGAGAUGUUGCUGGUCAAUUGGAAAGGAGGAAAGUGCAGUGGACAGAUACAACUGGGGGAGAGCUUUUUGAGAUACGAGAAUUUGAGAUGAGGUGUAGUUCUAGAAAGCAAGGUUGUACGCUUAGGUUGAUCUGGUAUCUGCUUUCAUGUAAGGUAUUGCUUUUAAGCUCAUCUUUUUUAAUAAGUCAAAGUUCAUAUCAUGUGUGCACUUUAUGACAAAAGUAUAUGUUUUGAUACAGAACAUGUAGUCCAACAAAUGAUGAAGUGGGUUUUAGUAGGCUUCCUUUUAAAAACAAAUUAAACAAAGAUCUCAGAGAACUACGUUGCCAGACAUUAUAAAUGACUACUAAAUUUUAAAAUACCUACUUGCACAUGACCAUGGGAGCUUUCAAUGAAGAGAAAGCGUAUUCCAAACAGCAUUCUUCGCUUUCCUGGAAGUUUGGUCAAUAUAAGGUAUAUAGGUUGUUUGGUUGGGUCUGUAAUCUACGUCUUGGAUUGUCCUUGUGUAACAUUAUACUAUGACAUGCUUUAGAGUGUUGACCUUGUAGCCAACUUUAGUACUCAUAUGCCAAGUCCUUUCUUUAUCCAACUGUCAAUUCUGUCAAUUUUCAUGUGUUCUUCUCUGCAUGUGUAUUUUCACUUUCCUCUUUCUAAUUAAGGGUUUCAUGUGUUCUCAGUGAAGAUGGAUCGGACAAUGAAUUUGAUCAUGGGACUACAAAGAGUUGCUCAUGCAGAAUAAUGUAGUCUGUCAUCUUAGGUGCUUAUGGGCUCGAUUUGUACUAUGGCAAGCUUUUCAUGUGUUACCUUAAGUCCGAGCAAUCAAAGCAGUGGUUUGAUCAUCCCUUAGCUCUGUCAUCAGAUGACUGGAAAAAGGAAACUUUGAGGUAAUGCAAGAUGCCUAUGGCUAUUCUCUGGUCUGUUCUGCUCAUAUUCUUGCUUGCAUCCCGAUUCUGGCACAAUGGGCUUUUUUAGUUCCCCUUCUUGAUACUCAUGUGCAAUACUAUGUUUUGGUGUUCCUAGAUUGUUAUUUUGAUGUAGAGAGGCCUCCUGUCAUCUUCAGGUGAGCCAAGAGCAUGGAUGAGGAAUAUAGUCGUCUCGUUCUCCUCUAUCUCGUCUGUUGAGGACAUCGGUGAUGAGUUAUUAUUUGUAUUUCGUAGUUGUCGAUAUGAAGUAGAAUUUCAUUUGAAAAGCUGUGUAAAUUUUGCUUUGAUUGAUGCUAUAUGGAGGAUGGAGUGGCAUAUACAUUUCCUUAUCACUAUUUUUUCUUUUGGAAAAA